AUUUUUUUUUUCCACAUAAAAAAUAUUUAACUUUUUCUUCAGAACUCGAUAAUAAAACUACGGCUUCAUUUUUUUCGGGAACCAAACAGACAUGGUUAUUUAUGGGAGUGACAUAACUCUGCAUUUAUAAGAACCACCGCAAUAUGUGUAUAUUUGUUCUAAUGAUUCGCUUGCAAAGUUGUUUGUCUAAGAUAUAGAGAAACCAGAUUCAAAAUAUAUUGGUUAUUUAUCCACAUCCAAAAAGGAAUUUUUUUUUUUAAAUACUGGUGCUUGUCAAGAAUUGUUAAAAAAAGCAAAUUUUCUGAUAAGUAAGUCUAACAUCGAUACUAUAUAGUUAAGUGGGACCCCUUUUUGUUUUUCACAAUAUAGAGAAAUUAAAAGUUUUGAAGAUUAGAGAAAAGAUGAAGAGAGACAGGUUUAUGAGGAAUUCAAUUUCCUUUGUAUGGUUGGUUGUGCUUGUUGGCUGCCUAUUUGUGAUCCUAAUCUCGACGCUACGGCUUCCUCAAGUACAACUCGAAAGCAUGCCGAUCGGAUUGUACCGGACUACAAACAUCCGACAAGCUUUAGAGAAUGAGAACGCCAUUGGAAAAUUUGGACAGAUGAUGAUCGAAAUGUUGCCCGAGGAUCUUGCUUUCACUGUCUUUGUCCCGUCGGAGAGAGCUUUCAAGCGCGAUUUGAGGCUGUGGGUGAACGAGAGUCUUGUGGGGGAGAAGAAGGGAGGGAAGAUGAAUGAUGAUUCAUAUGCAAUAGUUUCUAGAGUUCUUGGAUUCUCAGCUGUUCCUAGGACUCUUGUUUCGGAUGAUGUGCCUUUUGGGAAGGAAGUUUUGUAUGAUUCUAUAUCUGGGUUUGUGUUGUAUAUCUCCAAGGACGUGGACGGAAUGCUUGUAGUUAACAGGGUUAGAUCCCAAAGAGUUGAUAUCAAGAAGAAGGAAAUUAUUGUGCAUGUUAUGGAUGGGGUUGCCAUGGAUGCUGAGUUUGAGGAGUCGGUUCAGCCUGACAAUGAUGAUGAACAAAGAUAAGUGAACUUAAGGAAUGGAUUGGCUUUGUGGAUGGCAAUGUGGAAAACUGGAAAGUUUGUACUGUACUAAUGUUUUGUGAAAUUUUGUAUCUUCAUUAUUUAAGGGAGAUGAAAUAGGUGAAUUCAUGACCAUUUAGAACUGUACUAAUGUUUUAUGAAAACCUGACGACAUUGACGACAUUGAACUGUUGUACCAAUUUAUACUAUUGCAAAAUUCUGUAACAAAAUGUGUGCAUUUGCUAGCAAAACAUUUUUGCUUCUCAAUU